AUGGCAUCCCACCUCAGAUCUGCAAGUGUGCCUUCAAGCCCCUGCUCGGGCAAAACCAAUGUCGAAGGAAAGCUGCAGAGCCUAAACUCCACCAUCUCUUCACCCUCUUCGACCCUCGAAACGAUGCUUGAUGGGUUCAGGAGGCUCGGAGAUAUUUAUGACUGCAUUGAUGAGCUCACAGGCUUACCCAGGAGCCAAAUUCUCCUCUGCAAGCCGCACCAGAGGAUUGUUGUGGAACUAGAGCUAGAGCGCUCCCUCGCCUUGCUUGACCUCUGCGACACGAUGCAAGUGAGCUUCUCUGAACUCAAGGAAAGCGUUCAGGACAUGCAGUUGAUUAUCAAGAGAGGAGAUGAUGUGGCUCUUCGGGCCAAGAUCCAAUCUUGGUUCCGCCAGACAAAGAAGGCACAAAAGCAGUUCAAGAAGAUCAGCAAGAAAUCAUCUUCCACUGAUCAGGAGAGUUGCAGAGUGGUCAAUCUUUUGGUUGAAGCAAGAGAAGCUGCUGUAAUGAUGAUUGAAUCGUCAUUGGAACUUCUGUCAAAGCAAAUUGAGAUGCCAAAUUCUAGCAAUUGGUCUCUUGUGUCUAAGGCAUUCCAGAAGAAAAGAGUUACAUGCGAGGAGGAGCAAUUGCAGGUGCUAGAGUUGGACAUUAUUGAUCUUGAGAGCGGAGUCGAGACUUUGUUCAGGAGAUUGAUCCAGAGCAGAGUUUCACUUCUGAAUACUCUCAGCUUGUAGACUAGAUCAUAUACCAAUUCUGUGGCCCUGUGAUUAGCAUCCGCCUUUUAGAGGAUUUGCUGAUCAUU